AUGAAAAUGUUUCCCCCCCAACUACCGUUAUUCCUUCGUAUUGUGAUCUUUUAUGUGGUGGUAUCUAUAUCAUCGUUGUCAUCAUCUGCUGAACUCAUGCAGGCGAAACCCGGUUGCCAAUCGAAAUGUGGGAACGUUACCAUUCCAUACCCAUUUGGUAUAGGUAAAGAGUGCUCCAUGAUUGGUACACACGGAAAUGGUGAUGCUCAUAUCAUGUAUAACAUCAUCUGUGAUCAUUCUUACGAUCCUCCUAAACCUUUUAUGAAUGCAACUGAUUAUUUUGAAAUUUUAAGCAUAUCAGAUACAGAAGUUCGCAUCAGAAACUCCUUCACCGAGUUCAAUGGUCGCCCCUUCAAGAGUCCUAUCGACCCUGAUCAUCUUGAAUUGAAGAAUUCUUUUAAUAAAAGUGGGCUGAAUUUUCUCAACUUGUCUGAUACCCCAUUUAUGGUAUCAUUUACAGGAAACAAGUUAUAUGGGAUUGGCUGCGGCUUAGUUGCUGUUUUCACCGUUGAUGUCAUAGGGCCAAAGGGUAUCGCAAGAAAGGAGUGUCAAUCAAGCUGUGAGAGUAUCAGCAGAGAUGGAUCUUGCAGUGGCAGUGGGUGCUGCCAGACAGACGUUCCAAGGGAUCUGGAGUCAAUUGGUGUGGCUGUGAUGGGAACUGGUACCAAGAGCACAAACAAUUUUAACAGCUUUGCCAUACUGGCUGAGACAGGAAAGUAUGCAUUUGAUUCCGAGGAUCUUACUCUAGACGCCACACAAAUAUCCAAAAAAUAUGAGGAUAAGGUCAUACCGGUGGUACUCGAUUGGGCCAUAGGAUACAAGACUUGUGGAGAAGCAAAAUCUAAUUUAACAGCUUAUGUAUGCCAGCAGGCUAAUAGUAAUUGUACCGACGAAGUAAAAAAUGGUGGACACCGUUGCAUUUGCAAUGAUGGUUACGAGGGAAAUCCUUACCUUAGUCCUGGAUGCAAAGGUUUUGGAUUGGGGUUUGUUUUUGUAUCUGUUGUUGGGGUCUUAUUAUUCUUAAGCAUGAGGAAGCGAAUGAUAAAAAGACUUAAAAAGAAAUUCUUUGAGAAAAAUGGGGGAUUAUUGUUGAGAGAACAGUUAUCUUCCCUCGACAGUGGUGUAGAAGCUACAAAACUUUUCACAUCUGAAGAAUUAGAAAUGGCAACUAACAAAUACGACGAGAGUCAAGUUCUUGGGCGAGGCGGCCAUGGUACAGUUUACAAGGGAACUAUGUCAGAUAACCGUAUAGUCGCCAUUAAAAAGUCUAAUACAGUUGAGCAAACCCAGAUCGAGCAAUUCGUAAAUGAGUUAAUUAUUUUAUCUCAAAUUAAUCACCGGAACGUGGUGAAGCUCUUCGGUUGUUGUUUAGAAACUGAAGUUCCCUUGCUUGUUUACGAGUACGUAUCUUGUGGUACCCUUUACCAACAUAUCCAUUACAAGGGUGCUGCUGAGACGUCCCCGUUGACUUGGGAAAUUCGUUUGAGGAUUGCCUUUGAAACUGCAAGUGCAGUUGCGUAUCUGCAUUCUGCCGCGUCUCCACCCAUCAUUCAUAGGGAUAUAAAGUCUACCAAUAUAUUACUGGAAGAAAAUUACACAGCAAAAGUUUCAGACUUUGGAGCGUCGAGGUUGGUUCCACUAGAUCAAACUCAUGUAAAAACACUAGUCCAAGGGACCUUAGGGUAUUUGGAUCCAGAUUACUACAACACAAGUCAACUAACGGAUAAAAGUGAUGUUUAUAGUUUUGGUGUAGUUCUUGUUGAACUCUUAACAGGUAAACAACCCAUUUGUUUUGAAAGACCUGGAGAACAAGUAAAUCUUGCAACAUACUUCACUUCACUAGAAGAAGAUAUCAAUGUUCUCGAACUUAUCGAUGAUCGAGUUGCAAAAGAUGGGAACCUGGAGCAAAUCCUUGCUGUGACAGAGUUGGCGAGGAAAUGUCUCAAAUUAAAGGGUGAAGAUAGGCCUAGCAUGCAGCAAAUAGCAGCAGAUCUUCAAGGUCUGAUGAGGUUAGAACCUUCUGGAUGGAAUCAUCAACCAAACCCCAACGUUGGAAUGACAAACUUACCACCUGAGCCAGUGGAUGUGGAUCUGUAUAGCGUACCAUUUAGUUCCACUGAUGGAUCUAGCUUGGCGACAAGUAUGACAAAUAUCUCCAUGUAUAUUGGAAGAUGA